CUGCGGCCUUGAUUUCCUAGACGCUCCAGGUACCCAACAAGCGAAUCUUGCGUAAACCACAAUCUUCUUAUUCCCUCAUUCUUGCCCAAACACUUUCCUUCGCUCUGGCCUGCUCGGAAAUUGUUUAUUGUUGAUCGCUCUUUCCUCGCGGCCUUUACCCCACUUUCCCUUGUCAAACCCCAUUCCAUCAUCGUGACCGCGUCAUCCGAGGGUUUCGUCUUCAGGACCACUUCACCACAGUUCCAAGUCUCCUAUCUCUGCCAAUUCAUCGCUGCCUACUUGAAUCACCCCUAUUCAUAUGCCCCAAAGCUGACCACUCCUGAGUCAACGCCCAACGCCUGAGCCGCCAGAGUGUGUAACCAAGAAAGCGGGCCAGUUUGGUCCGACCUUCGUGCCUUUGAUCGACUAACUCACGAUUACCAUCCUCCUAAUAAGACGGUUCUUGAACCACCUGCUACACCUUUGAAAGAUACCCCCGGGAUCGUCCGUCCUGUCCGGAUCAUUGGACCAUCAAGAUGAGCUACAACACCGGCGCAACCUUCAUUCCUGGCGGAGAAGAUAACUACUACAUCCCGGAAAUCGUUCAACCUACCCCCAAUCGCGUACAUGAACAACCUCAAAACAUUCAGCAUAACGUAGCUCAGCUCGAACAUGCUGCUUCGAGCCCUGACUCGGCAUACUCAGGCUCUGUCUACAGCCCUCAAUCCGCCCAUACUUCCUCCAAUAUGUACACCCAGUGGCCUCAGUCACAACAUGACCAGCUGUAUCAACAACCACCUGCUCAGCAGCAUUAUGACAAUCGGGGUUAUGCGACACCACUGACAAGUCCUCAAGCUCAAUCACAUUCUCAGCCUCAGUCUCAACCCCGGCUCCAACACCCGCAGUACACUCAACCUCCCUCCCAAUCCUACCAACAAGAUGCCUUUCCUCCUCGCCAAUCCUCGGCUGCUGUGGUCGAACAACCAAACUUCUCUCCAUUUCCUGUCAUUCGAAACCCUCCACCGAACAUCCCUCCCACCGAUGAACAGAAGGAAGCUACAUUGGAGGCCUCAAGAGCUGCGGUUCUAAGUUGCAAUGAUCCCGAAACCCAACUUUUAUGGGCUCAAGAUGCUCUCAAUUAUGUCGAGAUUUGCCAGCAGAAUGAGCAACGACAGGCUUUGGCGCAGCCUGCUCGAGCCAUGACUCCCCGCAUCGAACAUGUUCUCCGUGAAGAUGCAGUGAAAGUGGUCUCCUUUCUUGCCGAUCAGCACCACCCACGCGCCGAAUUUAUGAGAUCCAUGUGGUUAGAGUUCGGCAAGUUCGGCCAUAGGAUCGACAAGAAGGAGGCUUUCCUUGGUUACUCUCGUGCUUCUGAGAGGGGUUACGCACGCGCCGAUUACCGCAUCGGAAUGCAGUUUGAGUCAUCUAACGAUGCUCUGAAAGCCAUCAAGUAUUAUCAACAAGGUGUCGAUAAGGGUGACUCGGCUUCUUGUUACAGAUUAGGCAUGAUGACGCUUCUCGGUCAGCAUGGCCAAGUGCAAGACUACGAGCGAGGCCUCAACCUGAUCUAUAUGGCAGCGCAGACCGCGGACGAAAAUGCUCCCCAAGGCGCCUACGUCUUGGGCAUGCUUCAAGCUCACGAAAUGCCACAAGUGUCCAUACCAGAGGCCUAUCUACCAAAGGACAUUGCAAACGCCAGGAUUAAUAUCGAAAAGGCCGCCUUUCUUGGUUUCGCAAAAGCCCAGGUCAGACUCGGGGCUGCCUAUGAAUUGUGUGAGUUGGAGUGUCCCUUCGAUCCCGCACUAUCUCUACACUACAAUGCUCUUGCUGCCAGACAAGGAGAGGCAGAGGCAGAAAUGGCCAUCAGCAAAUGGUUCCUCUGUGGGCACGAAGGGCUCUUUGAAAAGAAUGAAGAGAUGGCUUUCGUUUACGCCCAGAGAGCGGCUCUGUCAGGCUUAUCAACCGCCCAAUUCGCUUUGGGAUACUACUAUGAAGUCGGUAUAUAUGUUCCCGUCAACUUUGAACAGGCCAAGGAUUGGUAUCGAAAAGCGUCACAAGGAGGAAACUCUGAUGCGGCUGGUAGAGUCGAGGCAAUCUCAAGGUCCAAAACUUUGUCUCGGAAGGAUCACGAAAAAGUCGCACUCUCCAAGAUACGACAACAACGUGCUGCUACAACUGGGCGCCCGACUGACACCCCGACGCCUUCGUUGCCUUCAUUAAAUGAAGUCAACGAGCCCCUGUUAGAUAUGCCAGACCCCUCUCGACUUUCGAUCAACGAUCAACGGCUGUCCCCAAGGCCUGGCAGUACGGCGCCAUAUCCAACGGGCAAACCCAGUAUGCCUCAUCCUGAGAUUCGCCCUACAUCCGCAUUUGGUAUCAACCCCAAUCUUCGUACAGCUUCGGCCCAGUCCAUGGGAUCAGGGCGACAAGACCCAUACAGUUACAACCAGAUGCCACCGCAACAACGCCCCUAUGCUGAUAACGAUGGCUAUGGUCGAGGAAGUCGUAUGCCAUCUGCCGGAUACAAUCAAAGUCAUGAGGGAGGUCCUCAGGUUCGGCCACCAAACAGAACAAAUGCUGGAUCGCCUUAUCUCAAUCAGCAGAAUACUCCUCCACUACCAGGGAAGGUCAAUAUCGGAUAUACCGCCCCGCUCGAACCUGAGAGAAAACCUCGCCCGAUGCAUCCGAACGGUGGUCAGCCACCCUCAAAUCCCUCGUCUCGCAACUCCUCCCGCCCCAAUCAGCCUCCACAAGGAGGCCAGGGACCCCCACGACCAGCCUCAUCGAAUCAACAGCGUCCAAGUCAAGGCUCUUUCAACCAGAGCAAUCGUCCGCAACCCGGCCGAGCCCCAAACCAAUACCCUCCACAAAAUGUCCAACCAGCAAAGAUGGCACCUUCCAAGCCAUCACCCCACGCCCCUGCUAGCAAUGCACCGCAAUCUAAGCCGGCCGCAGUCCCAGCUGCUGCAGCGCCUGUCCGACCACCAGGGAAAGGACCCAAGACCUUUGACGAAAUGGGUGUCCCUCAGGGGAAGGACAAGGGCGAUUGUCGUGUGAUGUAAUGUUCCGACACCAUGAUUCUCUUCGUAAUACUUGGUCUAUUUGGAAUGAUUAAUGACAUUCGAUGAUACCCAUUUUUAACAGUUCAGCGGUUUUGUUGAUAUGUGAACCUGAACUUUGCGAUGAGUUGCGUUAUCGAACUCCUUCAUGUUUUUUGAAAUACUUCUAUGAAUGGGGGCCGAGGGCUUCUCGAGCUCUAGGAUGAUAUUGGAGGCCGGCGUGGUCGACUGUAGACGACGGUGGCAUGGGGGCGUCCAACUGUCUGCCAUGUUUUGGUCAAAUAUAAUGCGGCUGUGCCACCAGCCAGCCAAUUCCACAUUCGCAAACUUCUUGGACAAGGUCUUCUUUUUACCCAAUCCGC